AUGUCUGAAAGAGUUCGCGCACGAGGGCAUGGUUCACGAGGAGGUGGUAGAGGGGGUGGAAGCUCAGGUGGUGGUCGUGGAGGAGGAUCGGGUGGAGGCACAGGAUUUGGCUCUGACCAAAAGUUUAAAAAGGAAUCGAUAUUGGAUUUACAAAAGUAUCUAGAUAAAAAGAUUCGUGUAAAAUUUAAUGGCGGACGAGAAGUAACUGGCUCAUUAAAAGGCUUCGAUCAGUUACUUAACCUCGUGUUAGACGAUACCGAGGAACAAUUACGAGACCCAGAAGAUAACAAACUCACAAGUGAAGCACGUAAUCUCGGUCUUAUUGUAUGUCGUGGUCCCGCGGUGAUACUGAUAUCACCAGUGGACGGGACCGAGGAGAUUCCAAAUCCUUUUGUGCAGCAGUAG